AGGAAGUGGCUGAAGAAGAGUAAGCAGAAGAAAAGGGAGGAGGAGGAGAGGAAGCAGAAGAAGAAGAAGAAGCGGAAGAAGGAGCAAAAGAAGACCAAAUGAAAAAGAGGUCACGGCUUGCCCGCUCUGCCAGCCCUGUGUCCGGCCGGUGGAGAGCACAGUGAGGCUAACGCUCGGGGAGCUAGCGCUGCUAACGUGAUGUCGACGAGCUCUAAAGUUGUCCUGGGAGUGUCUGUGGUCUUGACUCUCAGCACCGUGGCCGGUGUGCACCUUAAACAGAACCGGGACAGAGAGAGACUCCACGAGGGGGUACUGAGGGACUUGGAGCGUUUGGAGAAGAAGAAGGAAAAUCUUAGGCUGCUGGAGGAACAGAGGGCUCUGACCAGAGAGUUGGAGGUUGAGAGAGACCUCAAGCUCCACAAAUCUGGAAAGACACACAACUAA